AGCCCCGUGUGCGGCACCGCCACAGUCUGGGCAGCAGCAGCCAGGGGAGCGCUACUACCAUGAACUGCCUGGUCCUCCUCCCCAGAGCUGCUCAUCCGGGUCGGGCUCGAGAUACAGUCAGGGGACCCGGUCGCCGCGCCCCCUACUCUUUUUCCUCUCCCUUCUCUGCUUCCUCCUCCUCCUCCUCCUCCUCCUCUUUCUGCUCCCCUUCCUCCUCCUUCUUUUCUUCCUCCUCCUCCUCUUCCCCCUCCCCCGCCGCGGAUCCUGGCCGCUGCUCCCCAGACCCAGGAUGCCGGGGGGCAAGAGAGGGCUGGUGGCACCGCAGAACACAUUUUUGGAGAACAUCGUCAGACGCUCUAGUGAAUCAAGUUUUUUACUGGGAAAUGCCCAGAUUGUGGACUGGCCUAUAGUUUAUAGUAAUGACGGUUUUUGUAAACUCUCUGGAUAUCAUCGAGCUGACGUUAUGCAGAAAAGUAGCACCUGCAGUUUUAUGUAUGGGGAACUGACAGACAAGAAGACCAUUGAGAAAGUCAGGCAAACUUUUGACAACUACGAGUCAAACUGCUUUGAAGUUCUUCUGUAUAAGAAAAACAGAACUCCUGUUUGGUUCUAUAUGCAAAUAGCACCAAUAAGAAAUGAACAUGAAAAGGUUGUCUUAUUUCUGUGUACUUUUAAGGAUAUUACCCUAUUCAAGCAGCCAAUAGAAGAUGAUUCUACAAAAGGUUGGACAAAGUUUGCCCGAUUGACCCGGGCUUUGACAAAUAGCCGCAGUGUUUUGCAGCAACUUACUCCAAUGAACAAAACAGAGGUGGUCCACAAACAUUCAAGAUUAGCUGAAGUUCUUCAGCUGGGAUCAGACAUUCUUCCUCAGUAUAAACAAGAGGCUCCAAAGACUCCACCACACAUUAUUUUACACUAUUGUGCUUUUAAAACAACCUGGGAUUGGGUGAUUUUAAUUCUUACUUUCUACACCGCCAUUAUGGUUCCUUAUAAUGUUUCCUUCAAAACAAAACAGAACAACAUAGCCUGGCUGGUGCUGGACAGUGUGGUGGAUGUUAUUUUUCUUGUAGACAUUGUUUUAAAUUUCCACACAACUUUUGUUGGUCCGGGUGGAGAGGUCAUUUCUGACCCCAAGCUCAUAAGGAUGAACUAUCUGAAAACUUGGUUUGUGAUAGAUCUGCUGUCUUGUUUACCUUAUGACAUCAUCAAUGCCUUUGAAAAUGUGGAUGAGGGGAUCAGCAGCCUCUUCAGUUCUUUGAAAGUGGUGCGUCUUUUACGCCUGGGCCGUGUUGCUAGGAAAUUGGACCAUUAUCUGGAAUACGGUGCUGCUGUAUUGGUGCUGUUGGUAUGUGUGUUUGGACUAGUUGCUCACUGGCUAGCCUGCAUUUGGUACAGCAUCGGAGAUUAUGAAGUCAUCGAUGAAGUCACGAAUCGCAUUCAAAAUGAUAGCUGGCUUUACCAGUUGGCGAUGAGUAUUGGGACGCCUUAUCAGUACAAUACUAGUACAGGGGCAUGGGAAGGAGGACCCAGCAAGGAUUCAUUGUAUGUAUCCUCGCUCUACUUUACCAUGACAAGCCUUACCACGAUAGGAUUUGGAAACAUAGCUCCAACCACAGAUGUGGAGAAGAUGUUUUCAGUGGCCAUGAUGAUGGUUGGCUCUCUCCUUUAUGCAACUAUUUUUGGAAAUGUUACUACAAUAUUCCAGCAAAUGUAUGCCAACACCAAUCGCUACCAUGAGAUGCUGAAUAAUGUUCGGGACUUCCUAAAACUAUAUCAAGUCCCUAAAGGCCUUAGUGAGCGAGUUAUGGAUUAUAUCGUCUCCACAUGGUCCAUGUCAAAAGGCAUUGACACAGAGAAGGUCCUCUCCAUUUGUCCAAAGGACAUGAGAGCAGAUAUCUGUGUGCAUCUGAACCGCAAAGUUUUUAAUGAGCAUCCUGCCUUCCGACUGGCCAGUGAUGGAUGCCUACGCGCCUUGGCAGUGGAAUUCCAAACAAUUCAUUGUGCUCCAGGAGACCUCAUCUACCAUGCUGGAGAAAGUGUGGAUGCCCUCUGCUUUGUGGUAUCAGGAUCCCUCGAAGUUAUACAGGAUGAUGAGGUGGUGGCUAUUUUAGGGAAAGGUGAUGUGUUCGGAGAUAUCUUCUGGAAGGAAACCACCCUUGCCCAUGCUUGUGCCAAUGUCCGGGCGCUGACAUAUUGUGACUUACACAUCAUAAAGCGGGAAGCCUUGCUGAAAGUUCUGGAUUUCUACACAGCUUUUGCAAACUCCUUCUCAAGGAAUCUCACUCUCACUUGCAAUCUAAGGAAAAGGAUUAUCUUCCGUAAAAUCAGUGAUGUGAAAAAAGAAGAAGAGGAACGUCUUCGGCAGAAAAAUGAGGUAACCCUCAGUAUCCCAGUCGACCACCCUGUCAGGAAACUUUUCCAGAAAUUCAAACAGCAGAAGGAGCUAAGAAAUCAAGGGUCAACACAGAGUGAUCCAGAAAGAAACCAGCUUCAGGUGGAGAGUCGCUCCUUACAGAAUGGGGCUUCUAUCACUGGCACCAGUGUGGUCACUGUUUCUCAGAUCACACCUAUACAGACUUCUCUGGCCUAUGUGAAAACUAGUGAGUCCCUAAAACAGAACAACCGAGAUGCAAUGGAACUAAAGCCAAAUGGCAGUACUGACCCAAAGUGUCUCAAAGUCAACAGUCCCAUGAGAAUGAAAAAUGGAAAUGGGAAAGGAUGGCUGAGACUGAAGAAUAAUAUGGGUGGUCAUGAGGAGAAAAAGGAAGACUGGAACAAUGUCACAAAGGCUGAAUCCAUGGGUUUAUUGUCUGAUGACCCUAAAUGCAGUGACUCAGAGACCAGUGUGACUAAAAACCCAUUAAGGAAAACAGAUUCUUGUGACAGUGGAAUAACAAAAAGUGAUCUCCGUUUAGAUAAAGCUGGUGAGACUAGGAGCCCAUUGGAGCACAGUCCUAUUCAGGCUGAUGCAAAACAUCCUUUUUAUCCUAUUCCCGAGCAGGCCUUACAGACAACACUGCAGGAAGUCAAACAUGAACUCAAAGAUGACAUUCACCUGCUAAGCUGCAGAAUGACUGCCCUGGAAAAGCAGGUGGCAGAAAUUUUGAAACUACUUUCUGAAAAGAAUAUGCCCCAGAUCUCUUCUCCCCAGUCCCAAGUGCCACCUCAAGCACCUCCUCAAAUACCCUGUCAGGAUAUUUUUAGUGUUUCAAGGCCUGAGUCACCCGAUUCUGAAAAAGAUGAAAUCCACUUUUAAUAUUAUAUACAUACAUAUAUAUUUGUUAAUAUAUUGAAACAGUAUAUACAGUUAUAUACAUGUGUAUAUAUAGUAUAUACAUAUAUAUAUAUAUUUUCACUUGCUUUCACUAUGACUUGAAUAUAACAAGGAUUUUGAUAUGUAAAUAUUGCAUGUCCAGCUGGAUUCUGGCCUGCCAAAGAAGAUGACUAUUGGUAACCUAGAUAUUGCUUGUAUAAUAUGCAGUUGACUGCAUGCACACUUUACAGUUAUUUAUAAUAUAUUAUAUAAUAAAAAGGACGAUUUUGUUUCUUUAAAAAGGCAAUGUACUAUUAAAAAAAAUCAGGGUCCAACCUGCUAGGAUUUCCAUGAGCGUUUUGACCUCAGUCUGGGGUGGGUUCAGUUCUCAUUUCUUCAGUGUUCUUUUGAGUUUGAAUUAUAGAUUAAUACCAAUGAGGAAAUUAACUUUUUCAAACUGUUAGUCUCAUUCUAUGAUAUCUCUUCAUGUGGUAUUUUGUAUACUUUGUGUGGAAGUUUCUAUUCCCUAUCAGGUCAAUCAUUUAUUCAAUUUUGAAAGUCCUCAUGAGAGGUCUAUGUCAAGUAUUAGGGGUAAGGGGGAUUGCUAUGGAAUUUAUGCAUGGACUACAUUUUCUUUCAGCUACUCCUUCCCCUCUUUCUCAUUUCCCAUGUUACUUUAGAUAGUAAUCAGAGACAGUCUCACAAGAGAACUCUUGCACACUCUUUCUUAGUGAUGUUACCUUCUUCUAAACUGACAUCCAUAACAUGAAUACUGGACUAUGACUAUAGAGUAAGUCAUUAUAGAAAUAUUAUAUUAUGUUAGGUAAAGAUUUAUCAACAUUUACAUUAGAUAAUCUAAUUUUCUAAGACUAUUACUGGCUUUCCAAAACCAGAACAUGAUGGCAGAAAAUGAAAACAAAAUAUUUGCAUCUCAGAUUUAGGUAUGAGGAUACUAAAAGUGAAUAUAAAAUGAUUGGUUGUAAUUUUAAAAAUAUGUUGGUAAUUCACAGAGGGUAGAAUUUAGCAUGAGUCAUAUUUGUGGUAAGUCCUAUUAGUUUGGGGAAAAAUGUCUAUGGGUAACUUACUUGAAAAGAAGCAAAAAAAAAAAGAGUAGAUAGUUAAAAAUCAAAGAUUGUUCAAUCAGAGAACUGCUUUUGAGCUGAUUUUUUUCUCAGUCAAAAUUUUCUAAGGAUUUUUUUUUGUACACUAACUUGGUUCUGCUGUUAAAUGAAUGAGUGUUGAAAAAAUAAUCCCCUAAGGCUCUGAACAAUGCUCUAAAAGGAAGGUAAAAACUUUUAAUUUUGUUUGUUUGUUUGGUUGUGAUUUUUUUUUCCCUAGUCACUAAUCCUCUUCUUAGAAAGUGCCUAUUUUAUCUUAAAACAAAGAAAAUAGAACCAAAAACAAAAGGAACAAACAAACAAAAAAAAAAAAAAAACAAACCCAACCAAACUUAACAAUAUUCAUAACAAGCUGCUUAUAGUCAGUAACUAAAUGAAAUGUAUAUUUAUAAUUAACAUCCAUAUUAAAAUGCAAAUUCACUUCAAGGAUGCAAAGGAAUCUAUUAAUUUCUUUUUUGACAAUGAAACAAUGUAUUUUAAAUAGCUCUGAGGAGUGUGUUUUCCUUUGGGUGCAUGCAUGAGUUUUCUAAAUAUUAGUGGGAAUCAGAUGUAUGUGUCAAGGGGAGAAUAUGUUCUAUUCAUAUGUAUAUAUAGUGUGUGAUUUUGUUAACUGAUAUUAAUAUGCAUACACAUGUACAUGCAUACAUAUGUUGGGGGCAUAUGGAAUAUACACACAUAUGUGUGAAAUAUACAUAUUAUAGCACAGAAAAGAUGAUAGUGGAACCAAAGAUGGCAAUACUCAAAUUUUUAUGAUCAAUCCCUAUGUUUGCUCUCCUUCAAUCCAACCAAAUCUUUCAGCAUCUACAGGCAAAACAUUCAGUCAAAUAUAUCAUAUCUAACUUGAGAACUGUAAAGCAGCACUGUAACAGCUAAUUUUACACUCAAGUGAAAAAAUUGUGUUCCCUAUCCUAAUGACAUGAGGUAUUUGGGAUAAUUGACUAAUAUUUUACGCAUUGUUUUCCUCUACCUCCUAGCUUUAUGUGCUAGAGGCCAGUACCUAACUUGGUUUAUCCUUGUUGCAUGUCUCCUAUGAAGCAAAGAAAUCUACAAAUAAAAUUGACAUGCAUUUCACUGGGUCAACCCACUUCUUGUAUAUGUUCAAUAUGUGCCUAUCUAUCCCAAAUGUCUCACAAAAUUUGUAAGAUCAGAGGCUAUAGGUAACAUUUCCAUUUUUAUAUACAUAAUUUUCAUUACUAUAAAGGGGGUCUUUAGGUGAAAACAUGUUAUAAUGUUUGCCUAUAUAGUAUAGACAUUAUAGAAUGAGUUAAUUAUAACACAGUAAAUCAUUGUUUUCCAAAAAGGAGAUUUCUUUGCUUGUAUGAUUUGGUUUAUACUCUUAUAACUUAAUCACUUCUCUCAUACUCUCAUCGGCAAAGGAAAGGGAAUGUAGUGGAUGUUCUCUAAGGUUCCUUUAUGUGUGCUAACAUUUUGUUAAUCUCUAAUUCUUUCAUGAUCUGUGAAUCUGUGUUUCAACUUUGUAGGCGACAUGAUUGAAAUUUUAAUAGGAGGAACAAGUAUGAAAUAUAAUCUGAGCUCAGAAAUGUGUUCCUUCCCAUUUCAUGAAAUGUUCAACUUCACAAAUUAAUGCCAGGUUUAUAUAGUUAAUUGUAGUCAUGUUACAAAAUAUCAGAAAACAUUCUCUGUCCUUAAAUAGAAGGAACCUCAUGGUAGUGGAGUAUUUUGGGUUCUCAAGCAGAUAAUGUAGCAUCAAUUGCUUUUCAGUGAAGCUCUAGGUUUUGCUUCUCAGUCAUCUCCUUUCCAUACCUGCAUGACCUAGUCAUGGUGCUGGCCGCAUGCAUUCAUUGACCAUUGUAUAUAUUGUUUUCCUCUGGGUUUCCAGGAAGUACAAUUCCUGCAUAUUGAUCUAACACAAACAGAGUAACAGUGAACACUUGCUUUAAGAAGUGCAAUAAUGAUAGAAAUAUUUUCUGUGUUGCCUCACUCAGCACAUAAGUGGUCCCUCUCCUUUGGAGGGACCAGAUAACUGCAUGAUUUAUUCAACAAAAGCUCUUGGUGCAUACCGAAAAAUGUUUUGGCUUUUUAAAAAGAUAUACAUAUAUGUUUAUUUAUGUAUCUCUUUCUGACCAACACAGUAAUGUGAGUAAAUAUGUGUAUUGAAAAUUCAAUCUUUUCCAAAGUAACUUAUACAUCUUCAAUAUUUUUUCUAAAAUAAUGUAUAUUAUUAGUCACCAUAACUUGAAUGAAUAGAUAAAACAUAAUAGUGAUAUUUUUAAAAUGAAAAAAUGAACCAGGUAUCUCAAAUUGAUAAGCUUUCUCUGUCUGCAAUAGGAUAUGUUAUUAAGACGUGUUCUAAUGAGGGAUAUUGAAAGAGUAAGCAAUUGGAACAGAGCUGCAUUAUAUUAAGAAGAUGGGGAAGGGGAUGAACAUAAAUAUAGAGGAAUUUAAAAGUAUUGGACAUUUUUUAAAAAUGCAAGAAGUAUAAAAGAUGCAUCAAAACAUUAAUAUCACUUUAUAAAAUCAUUCUUAAGGAGAAGACUGUGUAGUAUAAUCAAAUACCAUUGUUCAAAUGUGUGUUUAUAUUAUCUAUAAGGUUUGUGGAGAUAAAGGUGAGAAAAAUGAGAAACUUCAGGAUUUUGUAGCUUACAUAGAUUCUAUAAGAAGAGAUUAAAUUGUUCCUUGAUUAUGCAACACUUUAUGAAAGAUAUUAACCUAGCCAACUUGGGUAUCAUUUUAUUAAUUGUCUCCCAGAAAUCUAGAUCUAAGAUUCAUUAAAUGCAAAUGUUUAACUUGAAAUCAAGUAGUUUAUUCACCUAUGGAAUUUGGGCCAUUUGAUUCUUAAAAUUAAAAAUAAAAAUGAAUCUCUUUAAGUAAUUUUUCUAUUCUGAGUCACAGGGCAGGCACUGCUUUUGUAAAGUAAAGAGGCUGGUUCUUAUGAAAUGAUGGUUUUUCAGUCUAAUGGAAUCAUUUGGCUUGCAUUUAUGAUACACUUGUUUUGAUUUUCUUUUCCAAAAAUUUGUGUAAGAAACCAGAAAGUUUGCCUAAAAUAUCUAUAUUAUGCAUGGAUAUUAACUUUUAAAAGAUAUUAAUGGUAGUAUUUUUCAGAUAUAAUAUCUUGGUUGUUUGGGUAUAUAUUCUUGUAUUUUAGGAGAGUGUUUUUUUCCAGGAAGUAAUUUGAUAAAUACAAUGAAUAUUAAUCACUCACACUUUAUCACAAAUUGAAAAGUAUUUCUUUGGAUGUCACUUUUUGGGGUGUUUUUGGAUUCAAGUUCCCCAUCGGUAAUAUUUAAAUGAAUUUAAAUGAAGAUGAUGCUCUCUUUGUCCUUGUAUGAAAAUUUUAUCUGUGAAAUGUUGUGUUUUUAGAGCUCAAUUUUAGAGCUAAUUUUCUCACUUAGGUAAGAAAAUAAAGGGCACUCUCUCUGUAUAUUUCAAGACCGGAGACAAUUAUCCUCUGGAGAACUCAAAUAAACAACUAUCAAAUUAAAUUAUCAAAAUAUUUAACUUGUGAGGUAGAUCCCAGAACAUGGCGGCUAUCCAAACAUUUUAUUUUUCAUUUUGGGGUAAUACAUGAUGAUUAAUGCUUAUUAUGAACAAAUAGAAGAGUUCGAUUUAAUUUUCAUUCAUUUCACCCAGAUCUCUGUUGGACACAAUUUGGAAAGUGAAGAGUUUCAUAAGGUGUAAAAAUUAUUUGAAUAUUUGGAACUAUUAUGCAUACUAAAGAUGAUACAGUGGUAUGGUGGUUCUUAAAGAGAGACAAAUUAGUACUUAUGUUUUUUCUUCCUCUAUGUAAUGACAUUAUUCAAUGAUACAUGUUUUCUAAUUGUGUAUGUUCAGGGAAAGAUGAUCAGCUGUACCACAGACAUAUAUUUCUAAGAAUUUUUACUUUAUAUACUCACAAUGAGUUUGUCAGCUUUUCUUGAAUGCUUACUAUGGACUAAGCAGGUAGUUUCUUAAGGUGUUUCUUUACUAAGAUGAUUCUGAAAUUUUAAAGUUAAACAGAUUUGUCUAUGCAUUUA